AUGGAGUUUCCAUUCAUGCGGGCCUUCAUUGCCCUUUUCUUCUAUCGCUAUUUCCGCCUUGUUGUGAAUCUUGUCUACUUCUGGACAUUCAAGCCCAUUCACCCCCCCGAGAACCCAAGACUAACCGCACAAGAUGUGACGGUAAUACUACCAACCCUGGAGGGUUGUGGCGAUGAACUCGUUGAGACGAUAAGAACAAUACUUGACAAUCGCCCCUAUGAAUUGCUCUUGGUGACCAUUGAAGCGAAUCGGGUAAAGGCCGAGAAUAUGUUGAACUCGAUGCCAGCUUCAAAGUCAAGAAUCCGUCUUUUCACUGUCACCCACCCAAACAAGCGUCGACAAAUGACAAGGGCUAUUCCAGAAGUCUGCACAGCAAUCACCGUAUUUGCAGAUGAUGAUGUUAGUUGGCCACGCACAGUUCUUCCCUGGAUUUUAGCGCCUUUUGAUAAGGAUGAGCGAUUUGGGGGUGUAGUCACUUGUCAGCGCCUGCGACGAGCUGUUACACCAACAUUUUCUCAGCGCAUAUGGGGAUAUCUGGGCGCUCUUUACCUAGAGCGGAGAAAUUUUGAUUGCGCAGCUACAACACAUAUCGAUGGCGGGCUUCCUUGUAUGUCGGGACGGACUGUCGCAUACAAAACUGACAUCCUCCAAAACGAAGGCUUUACAUAUGCGUUCACCAAUGAAGAAUGGUGGUUUGGAAAGUAUCAACUUAACGCAGACGAUGACAAUUUCAUUACCCGCUGGAUGGUGUCCCACGGCUGGGAGACUUUCAUGCAAUACCAUCCUGAAGCCGAGGUUCUGACAACUUUGGAAGACAAUCCCAAGUUCCUCAAGCAAUGCGCUCGUUGGUCUAGAAGCAACUGGAGGAGCAACCUCACAAGUAUGUUUCAUGAAAAACACAUCUGGUACCGUCAGCCUUGGAGCGCAUACGCCGUCCAUUUGACAACACUUUCGCCCCCGGCCCUCCUAGGCGACCUACUGCUUCUUAUACUCUGCCACAAAUCUACAGUGUCUUGGGACGAUAACGCACACAUGCUGGCUAUGCAAGCCCUUGGGGUGUGGAUGUUUGCUAGCAAAUUCAUCAAGCUUCUGGGACAUUACAUUCGUUACCCAGCGGACAUCUUACUUUUACCGGUGUCUAUACUGUUCGGUUAUUUCCACGGAGCGAUUAAAAUAUACGCUGUACUAACUUUGAAUGUGACUACAUGGGGUAGCAGAGACGGUGCUGACGAUUAUGACGCGGAACGUAUGAAGAAGCGAACAGACAUGGACCGCAUGAAACGUCCCUAUUACCCGAGCUUCAUAACCCAAUGA